GACUGUGUCGCGUGGCCCGGCGUCGGCGUGACGGUUGGACGCGGGUGCGGCACUGCGGGUCCCGAUUGCUGCAGCCGCUUGUCAGUGUGAUGAAGAUUGGCACCCAGGUUUCCUGUGUAUGAAUUUGAAAGAUUCUACCCAGCUUGAGACUUCUCAUCAGGAGUUGUUUAAAGUCCCCGGUUCUGCUAAAGGUCCAUUUUUUUUUAACCUUGUAGGAUUAGCUGUGUUUUAAAGGAAUACAGUUGCUUUUGAUUUAAGAUGAUUUGAUGCCUUAUAAUAAAAGCUUCAUUAACCAUGAUGGCUACACAGACAUUAAAUAUAGACAGCUAUCAAGAUGGUCAACAAAUGCAAGUAGUAACAGAGUUUAAAACUGAGCGAGAGCCAAAUUGUUCUGACCCUGAUGCAGAAGGAGUGAGCCCUGCUCCUGUGGAAUCCCAGACACCAAUGGAUGCAGAUAAGCAGGCCAUUUAUAGGCAUCCGCUCUUUCCAUUAUUAGCACUGUUGUUUGAAAAAUGUGAACAGUCUACACAGGGCUCAGAGGGCACGACUUCUGCCAGCUUUGACGUAGAUAUCGAAAAUUUUGUUAGGAAGCAAGAAAAGGAAGGAAAGCCCUUCUUUUGUGAAGAUCCGGAAACUGAUAAUUUGAUGGUAAAAGCAAUACAGGUUCUACGUAUACAUUUACUCGAGCUUGAAAAGGUUAAUGAACUCUGUAAAGAUUUCUGCAGUCGCUAUAUUGCUUGUCUGAAAACUAAAAUGAACAGUGAAACUCUGUUGAGUGGAGAACCAGGAAGUCCUUAUUCCCCUGUGCAACCCCAGCAAAUUCAAAGUGCCAUCACAGGCACGCUCAGUCCCCAAGGGAUAGUGGUGCCAGCGUCAGCAUUGCAACAAGGAAAUGUAACUAUGGCAACAGUGGCAGGUGGCACAGUAUAUCAGCCUGUUACAGUAGUCACUCCACAAGGCCAAGUUGUGACACAGGCAUUGUCACCUGGAACCAUUAGGAUACAAAAUUCACAGCUUCAGUUACAGUUAAACCAAGAUCUCAGCAUCUUGCAUCAAGAGGAUGGCUCAUCUAAGAAUAAAAGGGGAGUUCUGCCAAAACAUGCUACAAAUGUUAUGAGAUCUUGGCUCUUUCAGCAUAUAGGGCAUCCCUAUCCAACAGAAGAUGAGAAAAAGCAGAUUGCAGCUCAGACCAACCUGACACUACUCCAAGUUAACAAUUGGUUUAUCAAUGCCAGAAGACGAAUUCUCCAACCAAUGUUGGAUUCCAGCUGUUCAGAAACUCCAAAAACAAAGAAAAAAACAGCUCAGAAUAGACCAGUUCAAAGAUUCUGGCCUGACUCUAUUGCAUCAGGGGUUACUCAGCAACCACCUAAUGAGCUCACAAUGUCAGAAGGAGCUGUUGUGACCAUUACUGCACCAGUUAAUAUGAAUGUGGACAGCCUCCAAUCUCUGUCAUCUGAUGGUGCUACAUUAGCAGUGCAGCAAGUCAUGAUGGGAGGGCAGAGUGAGGAUGAAUCUGUGGAUAGCACUGAAGACGACGGAGGAGAACUCACAGCAACAAAUAUCAGUGGCCUGGUAUUGGAUAACAGUGAUUCUCUGCAGUAGGAAGCAAGAGAAUGUACCCAUAGUUAGGAAAAAAAAAAUGGACUUCACUGACUUUUUAUAGUUUGCACAGCAAACAUUUUACACAAGUUUUAUUUCUAAUGUUUUAUAUGUAGAUAUAGAAGGGUGCACUUUUUGUAUUUCAUAGUAAGCUUAAACAGUCUUUGCAGGUACAGCAACUUCUUUCAAAUGUGUGUGUGGUUUUUUUUUUGUUUGUUUUGGGGGUUUUUGAAUUUUUCUUUAAAGGUUUAACUCUAAUAUAAUGAAUGACAAACAUCCCUUGAGUCCCUUUAUUAUAUCAAUGGAAAGUGCUACCAUUUUCUAAAGAAUUAUGCUGUUUUAAUUUUUCUUUGUACUUUAAAAGCAGAUUCUCAGUGGGCUAAUUUAAAUCUAUAGCCAGUGAAAUUGGGUUAUUAUAUUAGGCCCAUCUAUUUAGAAGAAGCUUUUGCACCUUAAAACUGCCAGUAUGAGGUGAACAGCAACACACCAAUAGAAAAGAAGUACAAUUAAGUUGUGAUUAUAUGGCAUUUUUAAAUAAGCUUAAUUUCUCUCAUUCAGUGAGCCUGUUUCAUUUGUUAUUUUGCAAAAAAGAAAAAACCUCCUAUUUUUACUUUGCUGGAAUUACUGGAUAAAAACUAUUUUUAUAAAUUGAUUACUAAUUGGGAUUAUGAUUAUAUUGAACAUAAUUUCUAGAGAACAAUACAUAUUUAGUAUUUCAAAAUGGAAGUUUCUAAAAUGACCAAAUUUAAUGAACAUGCUGAAAGUUAGUAUUCCAUGGUUCUCAGAAUAUAUCUUAGAUCUAUCCCAGAAUAAGAAUUUACAUUUAGUAAUGAAGUAAGAAACAGCAGCUAUUUAAUGAAAUUUUUAAUAUCUUCAAAUACUAGUUUGUAUGUUAUGGCCAGAUUCAUUUCACACUUGAUCCAAACUUUAUAUCUAAAGGUAUUUGCCAAAUAUAUAUAUUUAAGUAAGUUAAGCAAAAAUGGUACCCAGUAAUAGAUCUUAAACAACUCAGUGUCCAUAUUUUUUCUCAUUUAAAUAUUUUUAUUAGUUUUCUACCACAUUAACCAUGUUGUUUCUUUGGAGUUUAAAAAAACACAGUGCUGUGUAAAAUAUGUGACAUUCUCUUCAGAUAGUUCAGGACACUAGGAUAGAUAGCAAACAGCCUCCUGCAAGUGAUUUUAAAAUAUUCAUGAACCAGUGAUAAAAAUUAGUUUCAUUGUAAUUAUGGUUUGAUUACAUAUUUUUCUUCCAGUCAUCUUUGCUCUUUGGUGGUUGUUCAUGUGCAAUUGUUUGGUUUUGAUCCUGAAAGUCAGUAUUUCUUCAUUAUAUACUGUUUUAAGCAUGACUUCUAGAUACUGUCAUCUAUUUUGAAGUCUAAAAAUAAUUUUCCCCUCUUGAUCUUGGUAACGUGGAUUUGGAAUAUUAGAGGUUUUGACUUCUGAGUUGACAUAUAAGUAGUGAAAAGAAAAAAAAAAACAUGCUUAUUCUUUUUUCUUCCAACAGACCAACUCAUUUCAUAGUGUAGAAAGAUGUUCUUUAAAUGAUUUCCAACCAAAAUCAACUUAAUUUGUUUACAUGAGAUAGUUAUAUAGUUUGGAUAUUAUCAGUUCUUGAGAUGCAACUGCAGCCAAUUGGUCGUUGAAUUAAGAUUAUAAUGAAUUACUUUUUUAUGAAGAUUUGUUUUUCUGGCACCAUUUCCCCCCAAUAGAUACUAAAUUUAUAAAUUAGUCUUCAUUAAGUUGCUACAUACUUUUACCCUCCUAAAGACAAUUGUUUGUUUUAAAGACUAUUUCAAAAACCAACUUAAAAAUUAUUUAGCUACUCAAUUUAGCAAGGAAAGAAAUACACUUUUUAAAAGCAGGGAUUAUUUUCUUGUUAAUUUUAUUAAGAUAAUUAAGCACAGGUAUGACUAAAAACUCAUUUCUCAUUGUCAACUUGACCUUAACUUGCCUAGGUUAUUUUUUUUAACCAGAAACUGCAGAAACUAUUUCUUCCCUUUUAAAGAUAUUCCUAGUAUUCUUUACCACUUUUUGGUUCAGAUGAACAGUUUUGAACACUUGCUUUUUUAAAUUAUUCCAGGAAUUUGGAAAUCAUGUUAAAUUUAAUAGAUGCAUUAGAUUGUUAGUUAAGGAUGCUUUGUGCUUUAUUGGAAUGCUGAACUACAGUAGCUUGGAGAAUAUAAAGUUAUUUUCAUUUUGCAAAUUGAGAAUCAGAGUUCCAUAAAUUUUAGUGAUUUGAAUAGUGAUUCAGGCUAAGUGAAUUAUAUGGGUUUUUUUUUUCCUUUGCAUUUUUUUAAAUGUUUGAAAUUAUUUCCCUUCAAACCAAGAUCCUUAAUUACCACCUUAAAAGAACAGGCAAAAGGUAAAUUUAGGUUUUGAGGGGCCAUGCCAUAAGAAACCUUAAAUCAUCUCCACUAAUAUGCUUUAUAAACAUACUUGUUUUUCACGGUAAGCCGUGUUUUGUUUUUCCCUCAGUACUUCAUCAGUCAGUAUCGUCCAUGCCACGUAUCUAGGAGAAUCUAUGAGAUGUGCUUUUCAAAUGAACAAAUCGAAUCCCAAAGUCUGUUCUGCUUGAAUUCUUUACCUUAGGAGGAUCUUCCAAAUGUGUUUUAAAGUCUGACUUCUUGAAUUUUGCUGUCGAUGUUGUUGUCACCGUCGUUCCCUCAUAGAUCACAUAAGUUAGGUCGGCUUUGCCGAACCCAAAUAAAACUCCUAACUGCUGGACUUGCUAAAUGGCUUCGGUGUUUUGGGGAUUUUUCCCCAGGUGGUGAAAUAUAUUCCUCCUUUUAUCCAGUAUGUGAAAUAAACUGGGAAAGAGCACAAGUAUGCUGUUUAGACAGACUACCAAACAAAUAUUUGUUAGUAACCUGUUGUGUGAAAGCAUACAGCAUUCUUUCUUAUGAAUCAGUUCCUUGUACUCUAUUAAAUGAUCUUUGUUUCUAAACUGUGUGAGAAAGUAAUAGGGCACUUUUUCUUUUUACACAGAUUUAGGCCUAUCAUCCAAUCUUUUGUCCAUAUAGAGGGCUGUCUCUGGCAGAUAGUGACAAAAAUAUUCCAGCAGUCCUUCUUUGUUUUAAAUAUAUUUGGUCUAUGAAACUGACAAUCUUUAAAAUGUGAAUACUGUAACAUUAAGUUUUUCUUGGAUUGUUGUCUUUAAAAAGGAUUUUUUGUGAAGCAACUGAUUUAUC